AUGGCCCUGCAGCUCCUGCUCCGUCUCACCUUCCUGGGGCUCAGCAUCACCUCACCCUUGGUCCAUGGGGAGGGCUUCCAAGGGCCAGAAGCCAUCUGGCCAUAUCUCUUCUUCAACUUCAACUUGCCCCAGAAGGCAGAAAGCAUCCAGAUUCCGAACAAUGGGAGUGCACCCCUGCUCGUGGAUGUGCAAGUGUUUGUGUCCAAUGUGUUUAAUGUGGACAUCCUGCGGUACACAGUGUCCUCCAUGCUGCUGCUUAAGCUGUCCUGGCUGGACACUCGCCUGGCCUGGAACAAUAGUGCACAGCCGCAGCAUGCUGUCACGCUGCCCUGGGACUCUCUCUGGACACCAAGGCUCACCAUCCUGGAGGCGCUCUGGGUAGACUGGAGGGACCAGAGCCCACAGGCCCGAGUAGACCAGGACGGCCACGUGAAGCUCAACCUGGCCCUCACCACAGAGACCAACUGCGACUUCGAGCUCCUCCAUUUCCCCCGGGACCAGAGCAACUGCAGCCUCAGCUUCUAUGCUCUCAGCAACACAGUGAUGGAGUUAGAGUUCCAGGCCCACGCGGUGAACGAGAUUGUGAGUGUUAAGAGGGAAUAUGUAGUUUAUGACCUGAAGACCCAAGUCCCACUCCAUCAGGUGGUGCCCUGCUUCAAAGUGACGCUGAGCCUGAAGAACACUGCACUCAAGUCCAUCAUUGCUCUCUUGGUGCCUGCGGAGGCGCUGCUGUUGGCCGAUGUGUGCGGGGGGCUGCUGCCCCUCUGGACCAUCGAGCGCAUUGCCUACAAGGUGACCUUGCUGCUGAGCUACCUGGUCUUCCACUCCUCCCUGGUGGAGGCCCUGCCAAGCUCCUCCUCCUGCAACCCCCUGCUCAUUUACUUCUUCACCAUCCUGCUGCUGCUGCUCUUCCUCAGCACCGUGGAGACUGUGCUGCUGGCUGGGCUGCUGGCCAAGGGCAGCCUUGGGGCCAAGAGCAGCCCCAGCCCAGCCCUAAGAGGGGAACAUCGAGAGCAUGGCAACUCAGGGCCUCAUCCUGAAGAGCCCCCCAGGGGAGUAAAGGGGUCACAGAGGAGCUGGCCUGAGACUGCUGACCGCAUCUUCUUCCUGGUGUAUGUGGCUGGCGUGCUGUGCUGCCAAUUCAUCUUCGCUGGCAUUUGGAUGUGGGCAGCGUGCAAGUCUGACCCAGCCCCUGGAGAGGCUGCACCCCAUGGCAGGAGGCCUAGACCAUAA